AUGCAUGUCGUACUUUUCACACUGCUGAUACUUCAACUUGGAUGUUGUUCAGAUGAAGGAUUUGAAACAAAGACUGCAAACGCAGGAGACAAUGUGACUCUGCUCUGUAAUAACUUACAGUUGGACUUUGGAUUUUUUUACUGGAUCAAAAUUGUUCCCGAAAAAAUUCCUGAAAUCGUAGGAAAAAAAUUUGGCAAAAGUGACGAAUUUAGCAAGAUUGCUCACUUUACAACCACUAAUGAAGAUGGAAGAUGUUUUCUACACAUUGCAAAAGCAAAGCCGAGUGACUCUGCCUUUUAUUACUGCUUAACACUUGAAGGCUACCAAAUAAACUUUUUGAAGGCAGUGUUUCUUGAAAUUAAAGGACCAGACUCUCAAGUUUCUGCAGUCGUUCAAAGUUCUGUUGAUCCGGUUUCUGCAGGAGACGUUGUGGCUCUGCAGUGUUCAGUUCUCUCUGAGUUUAAAAAUGAAGCAUGUCCAGAAGAACAGAGACUGUUCUGGUUCAGAAAGACUAAAAAUGAUUCCAACCCCACUUUUAUUUACACCAGAAGCAGCAGUGAUGGUGACUGUGACGGGGGUACAGAGACUCAGCCUCUGCAGAGUUGUGUCUACAGUUUCUUGAAGAACGUCAGCUCCUCUGAUGCUGGACUUUAUUACUGUGCUGUGGCUGAAUGUGGAAAAAUGAUUUUUGGAAAUGGAACAAAACUGGAUGUUCAAGGUAAUGCACUUUUUAAGAUAAUGGCAUAGUUUUUUUUACGUUUUAUAUUAUUAUAAAAUAUAUCUUGAUUUUUUUCCAUUUCAGUUGACAGCAUACAUGAUUUCAUGAGCAACAAUAUAUAUUUUUUUCUUUUUUUUGGAACCUUGGUUUUCAGUCUCAUGAUCAUAACAUUUCUGAUUUGUGUCUUGUCAAAAAAAUCCUGCGCCGUCUGCAAAGGUAAGAGGAUAUGCAGAUUUUUUAUGUAUUUUUUUUCUUUAGCAAAAACAAAUCCAACUUUUCUUUUUUUCAAAAUUUUAUAGUUUAGGAAAUACAUGUUUAACAUUUUAAACAAUCUUUCUCCUGUAACAGUCUGUUUGG